AUGCAACAUGUGACUGCCAGGUUUCACCUCCUCCUCCUCCUCCUCCUCCUCCUUCUCUUCCUUCAUCCUGUGACCUCAGUUGACCUGGAGGAGGCGGAUGAAGUGUCGGUGGAGGUCAUUGUUGACAGCUCCCCCUGCAGCGCCACCUGUGGGCUUGGUGUUAAAACUCAAACCCUUUGUUUACUGAAAGACAGCAAGACAGCCAUGGAAGAAGAUGUGAAGAGUAGAGGUGGAUCAGAGGUUUCAGAGGAGUGUCGUGUCCGUAAGGUGAAGUGUCUGGAGUCGUGGCAGUGUGGACUCAGGACCAUGACUGUGACUUCAGGACAGAGAGUGGAGAUCGACUGUCUGGGAGAAGUCAUGGAGGCGAUGGGGAGGUUCUCCUGGAGGUUGUCAUGGCGUUACGCCCGAGGAAUAAUAAGCUCUGACGACACUCUGUUUACGCGCUGGGACGCCCCGCUGCUGGAGCGAGUGAUUCUGGACCCCAUCAGGGAGGAGGACGCGGGGACUUAUUGCUGUGUCGUGCAGGAUGCCAGCUUCCGCAGGGUGAAGAGAGUUUACUGGGGGAUCCGGGUUUUGCCCGUCUGGGUUGUCAACCUGGACUACGAGAACUCUCUGGCUCAGUGGGAGUCCACUGGAAACCAGCAGAACCAGAACGUGUCAGACCAGCACGAGCGCAGCACGGCUCUUCUUUACACAGUGCUGAUGAGUUUGAGCCUGGCAGGCGUCGGCGCUGGAUUGAUGCUGCUGGGCCUCUACUGGAUAGUGAAGAGGAGAGGGCUCAAGCAUUGUGACAGAUCUGCAGAGGAGAAGCUCUCACUGUACGCUUCCUGCUCAGCAGCAAACAACACAAUUAGAGACUACCUGGGGCUGCAGCCUCCGGAGGACGCAGCCUUCGCGGUCUUUGGAGGCCGGGUUCUCCGUAUACCGAGAAGGAUUAACCGAAAUGAGACGGUCCGGUCUACGGGGGAUUUCCUGGUACAUCACCAGCUGUUCAUGCCCCUACCUUUUGCCGCUCCCGUCGCCUAG